CUCAACUCCGACAAACUCGUCAAGAGUCUGGAGGCCCAGUUGGCAGAGGCUUCGGCCAGCCUGAGUGAAAGCAAUCGACAAUUGGCCGACAUCAACUCUGGGCAAUCACGCUCCUCUGUAGAGGUGACGGAACUGAUGUCGAAAUUGGAGCUAGCCGAAACGGAGGUUAUUCAGCUCAACAAGCUCAAGCAACAAAUGGCCACACAACUGGACGAGGCCCGAAAGAGCCUGGAGGAGGAGACACGCGUCAAAGCGAAGCUGAGCCUCGAAACACGCCGCCUCACCGGCAGCGUAGACGGUCUUCGAGAGGCUCUGGAGGAAGAGCAAUCGACAAAAGCUGACCUUCAGCGGCAACUGCAGAAAGUACAGGCCGAGGUGAGCCAGUUGCGGCUGUCUGGAGGCGGUCUUGGUGCCAAAACCGAAGAGGUUGGAGAGCUGAAACGUCGCCUGAACGGAAAGAUACAAGAAUUGGAGGCUGAAUUGGACGCAUCAGUGACAAAAUGCGGCCAACUCGAAAAGGCCAAGUCGAGGUUGCAGGGUGAAAUUGAGGACAUGGCGGUGGAAGUAGAGCGCGCCAACUGCGUGGCCAGUCAAUUGGAGAAGAAACAGAAGAAUUUUGACAAACUACUGGCUGACAUGAAGAAGAAAUGCACAGACUGCCAGGCUGAGUUGGAGAUUGCUCAACGCGACGUACAGCAGCGCUCUGCCGAAGUAUUCAGCUUGAAGUCCCAACUCGAGGAGCUUCAGAACCAGACGGAGAUACUCAGAAGAGAAAACAAAACCCUGGCCAGUAGGUUUUUCUUCUCAGAGCCUAAUUUCAACAUGAAUUCCCUAACCUUUGGCAUAGUUUGCCUGAUUUUGGGCUUGAUGAUGUGUGGAAAAAACGAAGUCCACGAUUUGACCGAACAAUUGGGCAAAGACGGCCGGUCUGGGCAUGAAAACGAAAAGCUACGCAGGCAGCUUCAGAAGGAGAAAGAGGAGCUUCAAAUGGCCCUCGAACAGGCCGAGUCCGCGUUGGAGCAGGAGGAAGCGAAACUGCAGACCGCCCAGACGGAGAUGAACCAAGUGAGUGGAUAA